AUGGAACAACGCGGAGGUCGUCGGUGUCGUGUUUUAUAUUCCUACACGCCGCAAAACGAAGACGAACUCCUCUUACAGGUGGACGACGAAAUCGAUUUCCUUUCCGAAGUCGAAGACGGUUGGUGGAAGGGAAAAUUAGGAAACAAAAUCGGAGUUUUCCCAUCGAAUUUUGUCGAAUUGAACAACGAUGAGUCGUCGUGUCACAGCGAGGGAGAAGUUUCGGCUCCUUUAUCAUCUCCGGAUUCGACGACAGUUUUCGACGAUGCUCCCGUCUUGCCUCCGAAACCCAUAAAAGAAACGUGUAAAGCUUUGUACACGUACGAUGCCAUGAACAAAGACGAAUUGACACUGAGAAAAGAUGAUGUGAUAACGAUAAUAACGAAAGAAGUCGGUGAUAAGGGAUGGUGGAAGGGAGAAUUGAGAGGGAAAAUCGGUUUGUUUCCCGAUAAUUUCGUCGAAUUGAUAACUCCUCUUCCCGAGGAGUCUUUUACCGGGGCGCAGCAAAAAAAACCGGAUCGUCCGACGAAAGCGACGUUCGAUAAACCGGAAUCGAAAAUCCCGUUGAUAAUGGCUCCGGGAUUUCAAAAAAUUCACCACCAGGAAGGCGGUUUACAUUCCGUGAGGGAUCAGGAUGAGAAAAAAGGGGGAUUCAAACAAAGUGACGGAUUGUUGUUGAAUAAAAAAAACGUGCAGAAUUCGGAGAAGAGCAAAUCGGACUCCCCUCCCACGGGAAAAAAAUAUUCUUCCGAUAAAAAUUUAUUUCACCACAAGGGUAGUACGGAUUUAUCAUCGACGUCGUCGUCGUCGUCGUCGUCGAGUCACAAGGGUAAAUCAUGCGAACUCGCAGCGGCGGGAGUGAGUAAAAAACCUGUUUUACCACCUCCGCCGAUAACGAAUAAACCCAAACCUAAUUCCGGUAAAUCGAGCCACGUGAAAAGACUUAGCGAAGAAAUCAACGAUUUGAUUGAAAACAACAACGCGAACAAACAACAACCGCCGCCGUCGUCGUUGUCGUUGUCGUCGACGUCGAACAGCGGAUUGAUGAAAAGAUUAAGCGGAGAAAUUCACGAUUUGAUCGAUGGCGGAAUCGGGAGUAAAAUGGGUUGCCUGGGACAUUCUCCAGGAAUUGGCGGUGUCAAAGAUGAAUUUGAUUUGGAUAUAGUCGAAAGGAGCGAUAUGUUGACUCAUAUAACAUCGUCGAGACCAAGGCCACCGGGAAGGCGUUUACCAACCAAAGAAACGAAAGAAACUGAUGUACAUUCUUCGCUGACGAAUGGAAAUGCCGACACAAGCGAAAAGGAAAAAAGUAUUAAAGAGAGAGAAUGGGAAAAGAAUAAACCUCCGUGGGUUAACGAGCUUAAAUUGAAUCUUCGCUCGAGUAAAAAUUCAUCUGGUGACAGUAGUAAAUUCGAGAAAAAAUCUGGUCAUGUCAAACCGACAACAGCUCAAUCUCCGUUGGAACCUCCGACGAGUUCAAUGUCGGAAUUGACCGCGGCGGGUGGUGGUGGUGGUGGUGGUAACAUUGCCAUGAGACAAUUCAGUCCUCAAUCGGGAAUCGGUCAGAGAUCGACUUUCGAAUACGUUUCUAAAUUUUUCGAAAUGUCUUCGAAAGGAUCAUCAUCCGUGGACAAAUCAAAAUCCAUGACUUCCAUGAGUCCUUCCAAACAAUCGGACAAUAUUACUUGGAAUUCGACGGAUCAGUCGACGAUGCACGAUGAAACCGUGCAAGUAUCGAAAAAGGAAUUUACGGAUUUAAAAUCGAGGGUGGAUAAAUUGGAAAAAAUGGUUUUAGAUUUGACGAAUCAAUUAUCAGAAGAAAUGGAUCAACGUAGAUUAAUUGAAAAAGAAUUAAACAAAUUAACGGAUUUGGUGACGCAGGUAUGA